AAUCCUGGGUACGAGUAGCUUCGUAAAUUGAUUAUAACGACUACAAGCGUGACUGGUUUAUUUUUUAUUUCCCAAUCUACGUGCCCGCAUAAUGACGCGGAUUUUUAUAUUCAUGUCACUCCCACAACUCAUUAUGUACAUGAUAUAAUGUGGGCGUAAUUCUUUUUUUCUACAUUGGGAAUCAAGUAACGUGUUCCAUUGCCGAGAAUAAAACGUGUCUCUUAAUUUUUCUUUUCUUUAUUUCUGUCGACAAUUAAUUUGAUUAAAUGACGUUUCUUUUUUUUAAAGUAACGUUAGACUGGUUUCAAAAUUUGACCUAAUUAAUAGCUUUGAACAGCUGGAUGAUUAUAUUGUAAUCCUGCUUCAUAUCAGUUUCCAUAUAGAAAGUUGUCAAGUUGUCAUAAUCAAACUAAUCAGAUAUUAAAAUUUCAACAAGAGAAAAUCAAUAAUACUCAAUAGCAAACAAAUAACUGUGACAUUUAUUGUUAAAUAUUGGUCGUAUAUCUGACCUGAAAAUAUAUGGUUUCAAUCCUGAAUAAUGUUAUAAAGUGUCCUAGAAAAUCGGGAAAUAUUAUCGGAGCAUUAUUCGAUAUUCACCUUUUACGUAAUAUUGUUAUCAACGUACAGAGAUGAGGUCUUUCAUUAAUUUUACGAGCAAAAAUUGCAUUCAGUUCCAGGUCAUGUAAGAAUUUUUUUCCCCUGUUAUAGUCCGCAGAACGCGGUGUUGUAAAAUUUAUAACGAUUUGUUAUGACAAAAACCGCAAUAAAAAAUUGACGAUCCAAGAUAUUUCGUUGAAAAAUCGAUACUGUUAAGCGACGAAUCGUCAAAUAAUGGCAGAAUUUUCAUCAGCUUCCUUACUUUAACGAAACAUGAGACAUAAUUAUCAUGUAAAAGUAAAUAACUAUUGCAUUAGCACUAACGAUUCAAGUAAGCUAGGAAUUAUAAGAAGCACGGAAGGUUAGGCAUUAAGGCAUUAAGUGAAUUGUACUGUCACUUAUACAGAGCUAUAGCAAGAAUCUUGUUGAAUGAAGGCCGCGCGAAAGUCGUUCCCUUCGCGUAAUUUCAAUACGCGGAUACGUAAUUACAUUUGAUCUCGUUUAGUUGAUCUUGCGCUAAAAUAGCAUUGACCUCAUACGUAUAUACAAACGUAUGCGAUAAAUUAUAUUAUUUUACAUCUGCUUUUAUAUACAAAUAUCGAUAGGCGAUAAUAAAAUACGUUACAUUUCGAUUGCGAAACAAGUGAUGGUGAAUUUCGUAACUCGUCUAUACGAUUCAUGGAUCUUCCGGAUAUGACGCGUUACGGAAUAAAAUUUCAUCACUCGCGGAUCAUUUACAAAGUUAUGAACCGUGACCGAAGGAACAUGUGACUUGCAAAUUUACAGCAAAAACUAUAACGACUAAAUAUCUUCGAAACGCUUCGAGAUAUUGCAAAGUCCUUCAGGAAUCUCGUGUUGGAGAAGCCAUUUUUGCGUGAGAGCGCAGGGUGCACAAAGUCUAUAAUAUAAUCAACCUGAUUAAUAAACGUGUAUGCUAUAAUCAUAUAACGGCUUACUCCUUCCCUCUCUCUCUCUCUCUAUUUCUCUGUGUCUCACGUAGCUAGUCUAGUUAUUGAUUACACAUAAUUGCGCGGGAUGGUCGAGCCCAUCGUGGUCGGUUAAUUAUGAAAUCACACCUGCAUUACUCGCCAACUCGACAAAAACUCGAAACAAAAAGUUGAACGAUGCAAUUUUAAUGUUAUUGACUAGAAUCGAUAUUAAUUAUAAUGACGACAAAUGACAGUUAUAAUAUCAACGAAGCUUGAAUUUUUAAUGCCGCGCACCUUGCAACAUGCAACAAUCAAUUCGACUAUCUGUAGUCUUUCAUGCGCGAAAUAUACGCACGACCAAGAUAGACUUUUUUAUGCAUGUCACGUGUAAGCGAUUAUUCCAGUAACAUUGCAAAUUAAGUUGCAAUUAUUUCACGGCUAUUACUCAUUGCCUCGAGUAAACCGCGUCCUGUCAAGCAGACGUCAAAUCGGGGAUCCACAAUGUCGAAUCAGAAAUAGAUCUCCAAUUACGCAUGUGAACUUUAUUCCUUCUUCAGAGAUGCUCUUAGAUUUUCCCGAUUUCCAUGAAUUGUAUUACGGAAGGAAAAUCCAGUGCGUGCGGUCAAGUCAGACGAGAGCGUGUGAUGAUUCUAUGGAAUGUACCGCAAACAUAAAACGACAGGAUGGCUCGACGAUGUCUUUGUACUCGCAGUCUCGUCCGGAUCGUGAAUCAUUAGACAUUCUUGGAUCUUUAUGAGUCGUCCGGAACAAAUGACAAAAGUCAUUCUACGAAAGGAAUAAAAAUCUGGAACAAGGAAACGCAAUAACAGAAUAAUUCGAGAUUAUGAAAGAAAAGAAUGUGUGAAAGAAAACUCGUAUUUUAAAACUUAAAAUUGGUAAAUGUUAAAAUAAACACGCUAUGUUGGUUUCAAAAGUCAGGUUCCUAUCCUUGACAUUUUAAUAAUGCAACAUUCGUAUCCAAACUAGCCGGUUUAGAUUUACUCCACGCCUGCACUUGACACGAGAUAUUAGAAUGAAUUUAAUACGUCAAUAUAUCGCAGAAAUAACUGCAUUUCAAUAAAUCGCGAAGAAAUAUAUAAAAAGUGUUUUGAAAUAUUUUAUAUUUUCAACAAUAUAUAUCGUAUAAAGAAGAAUAUAUCAAGUUUACGUACACAACGAGUAAAAUGAUGCAAUUUAGGUAAUUAAGCUCAUCAUAAAGCCAACAGCUGCGAAAGUUGUUGAAUUUUAAUACUCGAUAUAAUAUAUACGACAAAGAAUUAUGGACAUGACGAAAUGAAAAAUUCCGAGAAAAACGCUUCUUGACCCCGAAAAACUUUGAAAAUUCGUAAAUCACAUGAUUUAUGAUAACGGUUCCGAAGGAGCAGAUCCGUAUUGUUAUCUGCACAUAAGUAGAUAAAAUCAUCUCAAAUGAUGAGGCAUUUACAAAACUCGUACAUUUAGCACAUACGUGAAUGAGCGAGAACUCGUUUUUCAGUUGAUAAAAAAACGUUGCAUACAUCAAAGGUAAAUGAGAUAAGUGAUAAGAUUCAAUAUGAUAAAAUAAACGUGUCAUCAAUUUAUUCUUAACUACAGUCGAGUUUGCAAUAUAAAAUUAAUAACGAUCGUAGAAUUUUUACGAGAAAUGUCGUCCGACAGGAUUGGAGCAUUUGUUCUAAAAAUGGCAGAGGAUUCCCAACACGAGAUCUCGUCAGUUGCGGUUUUGCGUGGGUUUCCUGCUCUUUGCUUACGCGUCCUUCGAGGAAGGCGACGUUCGACGUCAGGAAAAAAGAUCGGACUGCUCACUGAGAGCGGGGAACUUGCUAAUAAAAAUCAUCGGAAUUGCGAGCUUGUUCGACUGUUCCUUAUCCCACCCCCACUCGCAGGUACCAGCAGAGAGGCGAGAGUAGAAAUAUAAACACCAUCCGCAGAUUGUGCCGUGAAAUCGUCGAUUCUGUGCGCAACUGUCGUCUGAGCUUGAUUUAAGUAUUGAAAGUGUCCGAUCCGAUAGUGCCCUCGGGCAAACGUUGCAAAGAUGCUUCUGACAAAAUUAACGAUAUUUGCGGCGUUUUUGAUCAGCCUCACCGUAGCAGCUUCGACCAAUCCUGAUGUGGAACUGCAGCUACUUCACGUGGUAUUUCGCCACGGUGACAAAGUGCCCCAUCGAGAGUUCCAGAACUACCCUAAUGAUCCGUACCGCGAGCACUCUUACUAUCCGAUGGGCAACGGUGAUUUGACCAACGAAGGCAAGAUGCGGGAGUACAGGAUCGGAACGAUGCUGCGCGAGAGAUACGAUCAAUAUAUCGGUCCGAAUUAUUGGCCGGCCAAGAUCUAUGCCCGAUCCACGGAAGUCCCGCGGACUCAGCUGUCUCUCCAGUUGGUCUUGGCGGGAUUAUUCCCGCCCUCCGAGAGGCAAACCUGGAAUCCGCACUUGCCCUGGAUUCCGGCAUGGACGUUCUUCGUGCCGUACGAGGCUGACAACCUCUUGUUUCCGCAUUAUUGUCAUCGCUAUAAAGAAGAGUAUAAACGAUUUCUUCAAUUGGAAGAUACGAAAGAGAUGAUCAAUAGAUAUAAGAAUGUAAUGGAUUACUUGACGGAUCACUCUGGCAAACUGAUUGAUAAUACGGGAGCGGUUGCUCAUAUGUACAAUUUACUGAAGGAAGAGGCUGCUCAAAAUCUAACGCUGCCAAGAUGGACCGAAAACGUUUUCCCAGAUCCAAUGAAAGAGAUAAUAAAGUUGGACUUUAAACUUCGAUCAGAUACAACAACCUUGAGGAGAUUGAACGGAGGUAUUUUACUUCGCAAGAUGGUGGAUGACAUCCGGGAACACCAGACGGGAAAAAUGCCACAGGAUAGAAAAGCUUUUCUAUUUGGCAGCCACGAAGUCAAUGUUGCUGCCGUUGCCUACGCAUUAGGAACAAACGAACCAGCCGUCCCUGCUUAUGGUUCCACGAUUAUUUUAGAGACCCUCCGAGACAAGGCGGGACUGUACUACAUUCGAGUUUUGCUGUGGACUGGCGUUACGGAGCAAUUAAUCACUCAGACGAUCCCCGGUUGCACCGAAUUGUGUCCCUUCGAGAAAUUCCUUGAUAUUGUAAAGGACGUUCUGCCGAACGACGAUGAGUAUUAUUGCAGGCGAAACAAAACGAUAGAAGAUAUUAAACCGAACGUGCAUCAUCGAUCGUCCGCGACGUGCGUCGCCGAUGACAGGACAUGGCGGUACAUCUAUCUCAUCGCUCUACUUGCGUUCACGUCGAAAUUUAUACAAAAAUAAUUUCCAUCGAUGCAUGUGUAUAUUCUAAAUAUUUAUUUAUUCUUUGUUCUGAGGUUUUUUACUUUUUUCUGCGAUAAAAAAAUAGAGAAUCAGUUACAUGAGAUCUUAACUCGGGAAAUUGUUGCGAAAAUAAUCGGCGCGUCUCGCGCUCUGACCUGAUAUCCAUAUCGGAAAUACUUCACCAAACUACGAACUAUCGAGAGCAUUCAGAAAAUCCGACGAGGUUGCGGCUAUGCGUUUCGCUGCGGUUAGCGCGUUGAUGCAUUUUACCACACGCGUUGUUACGAGCCAUUGUACAUAUGUAAAUAGCUAUCGGUGUAUCGAUUUUAUGGUACAGUAGAUACAGUCGAUCAUUCGAAAACAGACACGUCAUUCAUAGAUGCAUAUUAUCAAAAACACGUGAGAGUUUCGAAACGGAUGUUGCACUUAAAUCACUCACGUUCAUAGAUAAAUUAGACGUUGUCGAUAAAAGUCAGCUACAUCAUUAAACGACACUUUUCACUGCCAUAAACAUUCAGGAGAUUCGCACUACCAUCGCGUUAAUUUUUCUAUUCAUUUCAAACAGAACAUUGUAUUUACGACACUGCAUAAAAAUCAAUAAAGUUCAAGUGAUAUUAAAUCAAUUAAAUUUGUUAAAACGUGUUUCAUUUGCCCAUCUUUUUAAUGUACUCACAUCUCAGUGAACAUAUCGUGAAUAACACGUGAGUACCAGUAUCUCUUCAACAUCGCAUCGUAGAAAUUAAACUUAUAUUUAAAAUAUGCAGUUAAACGUUUUAUGAGAAAAGCCAACAAAGAGAAAAUCAAGGAGAAAAUAGUACGGUGACCUGAAGCUAUAAAAAAUGAACGUCAACGUGACAGUUUAAUGUCACAGAUACCGUAAUCGGAUUAAGUUUUCCGAUCUGGCAAAUGCGAAAUUGGAGCAAAUUUGAUUCCGAAACGAACAGUCCGGUUCUCCUAUUUCCGUUGAGGUGAAGAGUUCAAGAACCUGUACGCGAUCGAAUAGCGGCUUUCACGUAAACUCGCGGAGAUGGAAAUAGACGCACCAUUUUCUUGCCGAUCGAUUCGUCGCCUGACUCGGAGCGUCGCGUUAAAAACUGUAAGGACAAGAAACGGAUGCAAUUGAUCCAUUUGCGACGUUCAACAUUUACGACGUGCCGAUCUGGAUUAUCGCGCGCGAGAGUUUGAGAGACACUGGCGCGGUUAGCGCGAUCCUUCGCCGCCGUUUUUCGUUCUGCAUGGAAUCAAGCAUCCCGGCGCGGAUACGCGCGCCAGGAGGGGUCCCUGCACUUGCGUUACGGUGAUUCACCUUGCGUGGCGAAACUACGAAUGCUCGUGCAUCUGGGAUGCACCCGUUAAGGAUCACGUUUCGUAUCAAGCGCGUUAUUUACAUAACGACGGUUCUUGAUAGCACGCUGCGCGCCGAAGUACCAUCGGACAAAUGAUACGCUUGUUUCGUGCACUUGCGUUAUCAAGAAGAUUCAUGCGUCCGCGACGAUCGCUACAUCCGAUUCGAAGCGACGAGCAUUGCUCGCAUUAACCGCGAAUAGCCGCCGUCGUUGAAAGUAAACCUCGUAAAUAAAUCAUUUGCAGCGAGAUGUAUCUGGUUAGCCCGCUUUACGCGACCGCGGGCGCACUCUCCGUCUUUGCGCUGAUAUAGCACGCGUUUCAGACAUUAGACAUCAAUUUAAAUCUCGGAUAAUACGCUAGCUUAUCUUCCACAAAGAGCAAACCGAGCGGAGAAUUCCAAAUCGAGAGAAGCGCUUUCGGUAUGAAUGCGAACGCAAUUUGCCGCCUCUGGCCUCUGGUAAUCCAGUGUGUACUGUUCGAUAAAGGCGCUGCAAGUAACCGCUACACCAAUUUACGCGAAAUUGUGUGUACACAUACUGUGCAAGUACAUCGCUCAAUAUACAUAAUUAACAACGUUGAAUUAUUAAAUCUCGUAUCUAGACGGCUCGUUAGCACGAUCGGUAACAUUGGUUUGUUCCUCGUAUGUUUCCCCAAGGACUUUAUAUUGUACAUGUGAGGCUUAUCUUGGAACCUUGUUGGAAAAAAGGAUGCGAUCUUUUCAGCCUUUUGCUCCAAAAUUUACUGCCAAUUUAAUGCAUACACAAAAAUAUUUGAAAUAUUUUCGUGACACUGAUAAAUUCUUUUAAACAUUUGUUUUAAGUGAAUUGAGAUUCUCCUGUCAAAUCUCAUUCGUGAAUGACACGAAUGGUGGUCACGCGACGACGUUCAGAAAUGCGCGUGUCUCGUUAUGAGAGAUGGCACAUUACGUAUAAAGGUGAAGGUGUGGGAAUGCAUACCACCGAUGAGCGGCAGGUAAUGUCCUCUCAAGGCGAGGUUUCUCAAUAGGCACGCGAUUGUUUAAGUGGCAAGCGCAGAUACGUUAGCAUCGCGGGGGGAAUUUCCAGUUUGCGUUACGCGAAUUCCACUGUACCGUAUUUAUUUGCUGCUAUUCCAAUAUUUUUCGCAUUUUGUCGAUUGCCGAGAAGCAUACUGCGCGUAAUUUCAUUUAAAAAAAAACAAAAAAACAAAAUACAACAUGAAUUUAUUCAUGCGAAUCGAAAUACAAAAGUAUAGACGGAAAGAUUGAAAUAGAUGGGGAAAAAUUGACAUGAGUUAACAGUAACACGCGCAAUUUCUUUUUCUUCUUUUCUCAUUUGUCAUGUAUGAUGAAUAACAAGUGACAAACAACGGUAACAAGUCACGUAUUUCUCAUAAGCCCUUUCUUUGGCGUCGCAUAUUUCGCGAAUAAAAGAUGCUGCACAUUCCUAUCACGAGUAUUCAAGCGUCUACCGUUAUUGAAGAGGCUUAAAAUUCGUGCUCAUAAAAUACAGUGUCUGUAUAGAGACUCUGCUUUGAUGUAUUUCAGCUUAUCUUCUCAUCUUCAAAUUCUGCCUUUUGUGAUAAACGAAACGGAAAAUGUAUGUACGCGCGCGUUCUCAAGCAAAAAGCGGAAUGUCACACCCGAUCGAAUGGGAUCGAAUUGUCGGAAAUAUCGGGCAAAGUAAGUGGAGAAAGGCGGUAAUGAUCGCGAUUGUUACGAAGAGUGACGAAGGAGGACCAUUGUUUGCAUUUUACGACGAGGUGCGCGCGCGACCGUGAGCACAGAACCACUGCAGCUUCUUUACCGCCGUGUAAUUUAAGUCGUGCGUAAGUACGCAGACUUUUCUAGGCGUAAAAUCUACCUCCGUGACGAUUACAUCAUCCGAGGCUCGCAUAUAAAGCGACGGAGUGCUGCGGUUUUCCAGGUAAUAAGUUAUUCAUCGGCUCCGAUGACAAGUAAACACCGGAUUGGAUCUUUCGACGAUGAAUAAGGACCAACACGCUUUGACGCGAUUUUGUUCUUGUGUGUGCCAGGAUCGUUCGUUGUAAUUAAAAUUGUAAUGAAAAAUGUUCGUUCCGCGCGUAUUGUUAUUUUCUACUGCGACAACAUGCCAAAAUUCUGGCGGAAUACCUUCUGCCUCGCGAAUACUAAUGGCGAAAUCGCGUCUGCGGUACGCGAGCAAGUGCACUAUCAACAGCAACUACGUUAAACUGGCAAAUGCAUUUUGUGUGUUUCGGCAGGAUUGUACUCUCGCGUUGCGUUGCGAUCUUGUCGAAUCGCCGCGAUAUUUCUCCGCGACCGGAGCGCGAAAAACGUUCGAAAGCGUCGCAAAUCGAGACGCCGACGAGAUGAAAUCCCAUGAUAUGUGAAUCAACGAUGUUCCAAUGAAAUCAUCGAGAUGCAAUCUUGACGUAAGUUCUAAAAUUUCUCCAAGCUGCCAAUGCGUAACGGAUAGAAAUAAUAUACCAGGUAAGCAAUUCCCCCCCCCCUCUCUCUCUUUCCUGUAACGUCGAUCACGCAAGAGAUCAGUCUCUACGAGUGCAUAAUAGUGAUUUAUCGAUAGAUCGUGUCGUUUGUAAAGUGUCUCCCUCUUCAACUAUGCGAUAACUCGCAUAACAUCACGAUAAUUGCGACACGUGAAUUGGAACGUGCGACGACGUAGUCGACGAUGCCCAUUAUCGCAUCGGAUACGUGACGUACAGUUAAUUAAUUCCCGAGAACCGAUGGGAAUCGCGCAACGACCGAAUAGUUUUCGGAGUUACCAGGCUAAUUACUCUCGCCUAAGACAAGAUCGAACGACAACGAGCAGAUAACACGAGUUGCGUCCGCGCAACUUGUUUAAUCGAUCCAACUCUUGCUCGGAGAAAGAACUACAGAGAUACGCGAGACUGGUUUAUCGAAUUGCCGGCGAGCUGCGCGCCGACUCGUCGAAAUUUCAAGUAGAUUGGAAAAUUGUGAUGGACGACGCGCGAAAACGUGUGUGAAUCACGUUUAAUCGUAUACGCGUCGUCGUUUUAUGUAACGCGCUAACGAAAUGCAGACGGACGCGUCGCUUUCGCAGUCCUCGUUAUAAAUAAACAUCAGAAGGUUACGUUAUAACGAAGCGUGCAUUCUCAGCCGGUACGGCUAACGCGAUGGAAGAUUUGCAUCUAUACAGGAUUUGCAAAGACUCACUCUGAAUGCUGGAUGCUGCUUUCACUGUCUCCUGCUACGUGGAGUUACAUGCUCGGGAUCGACGUGGUGUCCGCGUGGUGGUGCGUUGCACUUUGAAAAUGCAGGACGGAUGCGCUGCACACACGAAUCGGAGCCACACCGGCGAAACGUUUUCGCUCUCGUCUCGGGCGCACUGACCGAAUCGCGAGGAACGCUCGGACCGUGCCGUUUAAUCUCGCCGCGUUUCGUUUAUUCGGCUGCAAGACCGCGGAACUGCCGAAAUGUCACGAGGCAUUGGCGAAUGCAUGACAGGUAACGCGUGUUCGCGAGCGCGCGCGCACUUCGCCAGGUUGAUUCCGCUGUCACGCCUCGGGCCUUCGCGGUAGUGCAUCGUAGGCAGCAGGUGCCAGGUAAGGAGCUAGGAAUCCAGGUGCCCUUGCUGCCGGCGACGUCAUUACGCGGCUGCGACUCGCUUUCGCAAUUUUCGCGGCGCGCAAUGGCGGUUUGCGCAGCCGCAUGCCGCUCUACUGGGUGUCAAGCGAGGAACGGCCGAUGCUGAUCGAGCACUGCGCAUCGCUAUUAAAGAGAAAGAAAAAAAUUUUUUUAAUGCAAUUAUAAAUUACACGAGU